AGUGAAGAUAAUAAUAUUAUUAUUAUAUAUAUAUUAUUAUUAUUGUCAGUGAAGAUAAUCUAGCUACUACUGUUGCUUUAAAAUAGAGAUUGACAGCACAAAUAACAUUUGUUUCGAUAUAUUGUGCAUCACAUGGUCUCAUUUCCUGCACUGAUACAGGGCCUCGAAGUUCGGUUUUUGCGUGGGUGGCUACUAGUGUAUUUAAUGCACUGCAUGAGCAGAUUUUACGAAUGAAAUCGGUUCAAUUAGGAAGAGCCAUGGAUCUUAUGUAUUGAUACAGGCAGGGAUGUUGCUGCAUAGCACAUUGAUGAAGAUACGCGAUCGCAUCGUCUGUUUCAAUGGAAUGGUCUCCCAAGCAGAACCGUAAGUCACCAAAAUCAGCAAGCGAUCAUACCACGCAGUCCUUGUCAAGUCCCCUGUUCUGUGACAAUGCUCUGAGUCACCUUCCUGUUGCAACAUGUACAUCAGAGACCACAGCCCCACUACUGGGGUGGUGACAAUCAUAGUGAUCCUCAUUGCUGUUGCUGCCCUCGGUGUUCUCAUCUGCGGAUGUUGGUGCUACCUGCUCCUGCAGCGGAUUGGCCAGUCUGAAGAUGAGGAGAGUAUUGUAGGAGAGGGCGAGACCAAGGAGCCCUUCCUGAUGGUACCGUACUCCACCAGGGGCCCCCACAUCGAGCACAAAACCAAGCUCACCCACAACGGCACUGAGAAUCACACUUAACUGAGUCAUUAAGAAACCGUGGUCAUCACCUAAUAUUAACCAAGAGGAUCUCCUCAUUCACAUUUCAUCAUCUUUCAUCACGCCAUUGAAGGAUGAUAAACGGACUGCAGCUCAAUGUCAAUGUCUUAAGAAAUGUGAUAUUUUUGUUUCUCAUUCCACUGUGUGGAUCUCAGUCAGGAUGUGAGGUUGUGAACAGUUCAUUGUUAUGUUUCUUAAGUGUACAUAUUUUGAACACAAAAAUGUACAUCUAAUUGAUAUUGAUAGUUUUUGUUAACUCAGCAAUCCACUACUGAAUUUUGACGAUAGACCUCUGACCAAAUGAGUGGGCCAAAACUUCUUCAGAGCUUGUUGGAAGAAUGUAUGGCAAAUUGAUGACAAAACAAUUGACUUAAUAUCAAGUUGCUCAAAUUAUUUGAAAUUAGCUUAAUUUGUUUGUUUAUUUUGCAUAGUUGAACUUGGUUUUGUUUUCUCCUGUGGUUGCACAGGCAACCACUCAACUAAAACCAGUCAUUGAAAGGGCAAUUCUCCUUUGAUAAACCAUAAUAUUUCACAAGCACAACAGGGUCCAGGGUCUGAGUUUUAGUGAGGUCCGUACUCUAGAAUACUAUUUGGAGAACAGUGAACAUUUGGCCAUGAUUGCUACACCUUUAGAUAGCUGGCUAGACUAAUUUAACAAUCUAAAAACAUGUAAUUGACAUGGGCUACUUGAGUGACAGUCAGUGAGUGACAUAUAAGAAGAGGGAAACUGCUGAUGCACAACCAAGUUUGAAAUUGCACCUUGUGUAUUCUACUAUUCCAACUCUCAACAGUAAGUUGAGACCCCAACUGUUCCUAAAAAAUUAUAGAUUAUUAUAUAUUUUUAUAAUGUUGGAAAGGUCCGUACCUCGGUGUCCUCAUAUGUAGCUACAACACAGUAGCUGCUACAACUGACAUGGGUUGAGAAGUCCUACCAAGAAGCUACCAAGAGCCAAUUAUAUAUUUUCUAUAUUCAAUUGCAACAUAGGAAAUCCUGAUGGAAAGAUUCUAUGGUAGCUGAGCAAGUAGAUAUUUGAUGAAACAAUGUUAUAAAGUAUUAUGAAAUGCAAAUAACAUUAUGAAGGCUAUUGUUCUCUUUGUCAUUUGAUGUACCAUUGUAUCAUUUCCAAAUCAACUCUAAAUGUUAUAUCGGUCCAUAGGCCUUAUGAUUACUUUUAGGUUCAAUCCUAACAGGUGUAUGUAUAGUUGAUAGUUAUUCUUAUGGCUUUUUAUAAGAUGGCAAAAUAUCAAACUAAUGUGACAAUUUGGAGAUUUUUAUAUGAUUACACAAAUGGUAGUAGUAUUGGUUCCAAUAACUUUGCUUUCAAACUUGAGAUGACUGUUACCAUACUGUACUUCUGUCUUGUGAGUUUAGCAGUUUGUGAAAUACAGUAUACAUUUAAAAGUACUACUAAAAGUAUGACCACCUGUAUAAGUAAUAUGCAUUAUGCAUAGACUUAAUUGGAAGGCUCAAUGCCUACAGUGUCAUACCGGUGCAGAGAGAUGAUUCACCAUCUCCCACAUAGCCUGAAGGCAGUUAGAGUUAGGACCUACCCAAAACAUAGGGCGUAUUCCUCAGGCCAGGCAUUGUUGACAUGCCAGAUCUUACAACUCCAGAAUAGAUAUUUUACAUUUCAGCUAACGACAUCAUAUGUUAUAGCAAUCUGCCAGUCAAUGACACAGUCGAUGAAGUGGCACGAAACCAUUGGUUGAUGCAUGCAACGUCUGAGCAGGAGAACGCAACCUGCUACAGUGCCUAUAGAAAGUCUACACCCCAUUGAACUUUUUUCAAAUGUUGAUUUAAUUGUAAUUGGUCAUUAAUCUACAUAAAAUAAUCCCUCAUGUCAGUGAAAAUAAAAUUCUACACAUUUUUACAAAAAGUAUUCACCCCCUUUGUUUAGGCAAGCCUAAAUUAGUUCAAAGUCAAAUGUGGCUUAACAAAUGACAAUUUAUAUUGACCCACAUUACAGGGUUUGACAUGCUUUUUGAAUGACUAACCCUUCCUCUGUCCCCGAUGCAAACAUCUGUAAUGUCCCUCAGGCAAGUAUUGCAUUUUAAGCACAGAUUCAACGACAAAGACCAGGGAGCCUUUCAAAAGCCACAUAAAGAAGGCCAACGAUUGGUAGAUGGAUAACAAUAACAAAUCAGACAUUGAAUAUAUAUAUUUAAGCACGGUCAAGUUAAUAAUUAUACUGUGGAUGAUGUACUAAACCACCCAGACACAUCAAAGAUGCAGUUGUUCUUCUGAACUGAGCUGCAGGACAGGAAGGAUGUCACCAUGAGGCCAUUAGUGAUUUUAAAACAACUACAGCAAACUGGUCUCAGACGAGACGUAACAUAGUAAAUGUAAAUCUGGGACACUCAAAUUAGUAUAAUAUGUUAUGUUUGGCAUAGUUACAUAAUAUAGGUUACUUUAAGGCGAACACCAAAGGAAUGUGGUUGUGUACCACAAACGUCUAGCAGCGAAAAGGUUGCGUGUCAGAAUCUCGUCACGGACAAUUUUAACUAAUUAGAAUAUUUGCAACUACUUGCUACUUUGCAAUUACUUAGCAUGAUAUCUAACCCCUCCCCUAACCUUAACUAUUUUAUCUAACCUUAACCCUUUAACCUAACCUUAACCCUAACUCCUAGCUAAUGUUAGCAUCUAGCUAAGAGGUGUUUAUAAAAUGUAUUGACUAAGGGUGGUGAAUAUUUACAGUGCAUUUGAAAAGUAUUCAAGACCCCUUAUUCUAAAAUUGAAUAAAACCUUAUUUAUAUAAGUAUUCAGACACUUUGCUAUGAGACUUGAAAUUGAGCUCAGGUGCAUCCUGUUUCUAUUGAUCAUCCUUGAGAUGUUUUAUAUUGGAGUCUACCUGUGCUAAAUUCAAUUGAUUGGACAUGAUUUGGAAAGACACACACCUGUCUAUAUAAGGUCCCACAGUUGAAAGUGCAUGUCAGAUAUUUUCUGUCUGUAUUGAAUAGUUUAUCAUCUGGUAAAUCUAACAGGGGUGACCUACUAUUGGAGUAUUAAUGUUAUUAUGGAGAAUUGAGAGAAUGGGUGUAUUAGUGAGAUUCUGCUGGGUCCCAGCACAUUCCCAUUCAAGUGUGGAAGGGGAUGGAAUUGUAGACCAGUUAGCUAAAAGAGCUUAUAAAUGAGAAAUAAUUUAUAUUAAUGUGCCACUGGGUAGAGGUGAGGCAAAAUGUAAGAUCAGAGCCAUUUUGAUAGAUGUGUGUCAGAAGAGAUGGGACUCUGAGCACAAGGGCCAGAAUUUAUAUGCCCUCCAAAAAAAGGUCGGUGGACCAAGGUUCAAAGGUCAGAUUAGGACGGAAGGUUGUGUUUGCUCGAUUGCACAUAGGACAUUGAACUCGUCAUUACAUCUGGUUGGCAAGCAUAUGAAUGGUUUGUGUCUGGAGUGUAUGGUCGAUGAAACAGUGGCGCAUGUGUUGUUAUAUUGUUGUAAGUAUGUUGAAGAGAGUGAAAGAUUGAAGUGUAGGGUCAUUGAGGUUGAACGGGGUUGGAAGGAAUUUGGGGGAUAGGGGAGGGUCUAUUAGAAGUUAGUAGGGCUCUUUUUUAUUUUCUCAAAGUAGUGAGUUAAAUCAAAUCGAAUGUUAUUUGUCACAUGCGCCGAAUACAACUUACAGUGAAAUGCUUUACUUACAAGCCCUUAACCAACAAUACCGUUUUUAGAAAAUACCCCCCAAAAAGUAAGAGAUAAGAAUAACAAAUGAUUAUAGAGCAGCAGUAAAUAACAAUAGCAGUGCUAUAUAUAGGUGGUACCGGUACAGAGUCAAUGUGCGGGGGCACCGGUGUUGAGGUAACUGAGGUAAUAUGUACAUGUAGGUAGAGCUAUUAAAGUGACAGUGAAGAGGCGACUCUGGGAUGCUGUCCUUCUAGGAAGAUUGUGCAAAGAAAAAGCCAUUUCUCAGAUUGGCCAAUAAAAAUAAAAUAUUUAGAUGGGCAAAAGAACACAUAGACUGGACAGAGGAACUCUGCCUAGAAGGCCAGCAUCCCGGAGUCUCCUCUUCACUGUUGACGUUGAGACUGGUGUUUUGCAGGUACUAUUUAAUGAAGCUGCCAGUUGAGGACUUGUGAGGCAUCUGUUUCUCAAACUAGACACUUUAAUGUAAUUGUCCUUGUUUCAAUAUGCUUUGUGUUGUAGUCACGACAGACAAAGAUAUAUAGUUAAGCAAACUUUACUGGGCAUGUUGUCAACCCGCACAUGAAUAAAGUAAGUAACAACUGAUUUCCGUUUCCUGUGUAACAUCAAUAUGAGUAACAUAAAAAUUGCUACAUGUUCUCUUUUUUUUUAUUAUGAUUUUUUUUUUUUACAAAAGGCCGACUCCACCUAACUUUGGCUUGUAGUCCAUGUCUGAAAUAAACUGGAAGGUGAACUGAA